AUGCCCAGGAGGCAAGUCCCGUACUCCCCAGUGCCCUACAUAGGCGCGAGCGCCCGGCAAGUUGAGCAUGUGCUGUCGUUGCUGCGAGGCCGCCGCGGAAAAACGGUGGAUCUGGGUUCUGGCGACGGCAGAAUUGUGCUGGCAGCCCACAGGUGUGGUCUCCGUCCUGCUGUAGGGUACGAGUUGAACCCCUGGCUUGUGGGGCUAGCUCGGCUGCAUGCCUGGAGGGCUGGAUGCUUGCACAGUGUCUGCUAUCUCAGGGAGGAUCUUUGGAAGGUUAGCCUGAGGGACUGCUACAACGUGUCUGUAUUCCUGGCCCCCAGUGUGCUCCCAUUCCUGGAGGAUAAGCUGCGAGCCGAGCUACCCACAGGGGCCCGUGUGGCGUCUGGGCGUUUUCCCCUCCCCACCUGGCAGCCUGUGGCUGUGGUGGGUGAAGGCUUUGACCGAGUCUGGGCUUAUGACAUCCAUGGUGAUGGUCCAUCUCUGUCUCCUUGGGAGGUACCUGUCCAAGCCACCCCAGAAUCUGGUUCUACCUCAAUUCUUAAGGCCCCCAUUUCCCAAGCUAGCUGACUGGACACAAUAAAGAUUCCAUGGGUCUCAUGCUGAUUUCUUUCACAGAGAGGUGGGGGGAGGGAUAACUCCACUAGGUGAGGCUGGGGUUUGGAGAGGGCUCUAUGCUGGCUGUGCAGGGGUCUCUUCAGAAGGCCCGUGGCUUACCGGCUGUGGGUCGUUGAAUGCUGGGGCUUGGCUGCAGUUGGGGCCUCCACUUUCCAGGGGUCCCCUGCACCCACCAGCUUCCUCAGCCUCAGGAUUUCUUGCUUGUACCUGCUCGGAAGGCCCAGCUGAAGUCACCUACCUAGCCAGGGAUUCACUCCCACCCACGUCAGGGCCAUUGGGUGACUCAGCCAACCUGCCAAGGUGCUGGUCCACAUACUCCUGAAGCUCAGAAAGCCGCUCUUCAGCCUCAGAGGCCCUGACCAACAGCUGAGCCCGUUCAUGUUCCAGCUCUCUCUGGUAGGGAGCAUGAGCCAUGAGCCAGGGCAGAGUGUGAUGAGGACACCCAUCAGGCCUUGCCCACUACCUGGGUGCCUUUGGAGAAAUCUUGGAGCUUCUGGCAGAUCUGGACCCAGGAUACAUUAUUUGGACCCCUGUGAAGGAGAAGAGGCAGUCUCGAGGGCUGGUGUAGUAGCUGCUUGAGUUUGGGCCAGCCCUACCCGGGCCCUGGAACAUCUGUGUGUGGAGGGCCUGCUGGCUGGCUCAAACAGCCCCAGUCUACAGAGAUGCUACCCACAAACACACACUAGGUGUUUGUUUCCCUAAACCGUGGAAGGUACUCCCUUGAGACCUCUGCCCACUGUACAGUGGAGAGGUGGAGACUCAGAGGCAAGAACUAGCCAUGUCACAGGCAGCCAGCUCCCACCCUCCCUUUAUCUUGGGUACCCCAGGUCUUAGCUAAAAUGGCCCUUCCUCAGUGGGCUAUCCUGGCCCUCCCCAUUCAAGGUUGACCCCUCUUCUGGCAAGCGCCCCCUUUACCGACUAGACUCUUACAUAGCGGCUAUUUCAUUUUUCUGUGAUUAUCAGUGUCCCCCACAUAAACCCAGAGAUCCCAAGCCAGGGACAGCCCAUUUGGUUUACUGCAGUGAAGAGCCCCACCUGGCAGGAAGGGUUUCUGGAAUGAAUGAAUGGUGUGGGGCUCUGGUGUUUUGCUCUCUGCUUUUCCUCUUCUGGAUCUACCUUCCCCAAACCCAAGUGAGGGCACUCACUGUGGCUCUGCUGCACUCCCCUGGGAGGCUUCACCAGGUCCCUUCUGGGGGUACAAAAGCAGCGUUCCAAACUUGCUGUGCUGCAAAGGUUUGAGAUAGGGAUUCUUCAGUUGGCUGAGCAGGGCAGGCUGCUCAGAGGUCCUGGGGCUGGGCUUUGAUGAGCUUGAGAUAGGUCUGUGGUGAGCUCUGGGGCUCUGCACCCCAACGCGGUGUAGCGUAGCAGAAAGGGAGCCUGGAGUUUCUGGAAAUGGAUUUCCAGCCUCACCUCAUCUGCCUGCAGGUGACUGAGCUCAGUGGCCAGUGACUCCAAGUCAGUAGCUGCAGCAAAGUUAGCCUUGAGGGUUCCAGGUGCCCUUUUGGGGUCCACCAGUGCCUGGGGCUGCUCCUGCUGCAUACUAAGCCACACUAUGGGUCACACAGUGCCAUCCCACCCCAGGUACCCAGGUCAGGGCAGGACCCACCUGCAAGUGACAAGCAGCUUCUCAUGCCUACAGCUUAGAUCUGCCAGGCGCUUGCGGUAGGACCGAGCAGCCUGUGCCAGCUGUUGCUCACGGCUGUGGUGUGCUGCCUGGAUGUUCUCCAGAGUGGUCUCCAGGAACUUCUGAAGGGCUGCUUGGCCUGCACCAUUGGCAUAUUUCUGGAGGAGCUGCUCCCAGCCUCCCAGCAGCUGUGAGGUGCACAAGGGCUGGAUGCAAGAGCCCCCCGUUCCCAGAUCCCUGUAUGGCCCCCAUCAUAACCACAGGUUGGGAGAACCCCAGGCGGUCCCCCGAGGUAGGUGGCUGCCCGCUCAGAUUGCUUCUGGCUUCAACCGCUCAGGCUCAGGGGUCAGCAUGCCCUUGAACUAGAGGCCAGGGACUGCUGAGGAGUAGGCACACAGGUUCCAUCUCACUGUGCCCUGUGGAGGGUCCCACCCGCCCAGCCAGCUCAACUCUGUUCAUGGUAACCUGGAGCCUGUGGUGAUCAGUGUAUCCAGGUGCCUUGGCUUCCCGAGUGAACUCUUGUGCCAGUGCCUGGUGGUGAGCUGGGUUGGCCUCCACUGGGGCUGUGCGCCCUGGCCCAGCACGACCUCCAUGCAGCUCCAGCUCUAGUACCCGGCUCUCUAGGUGAAGGACCUGUGGGCAACUCUGGUGAACAGGUACACCUGUCUAUGGGGCCACCUGAAACAGGUAAAUAUUAUCUGGGCACACCGAGGGACAGAGCACACGUGCUUGCUUGUGUGUGCACCCUAUGCACCUGGACUCCUGUAGCACUUGCCCUAGUAUAUAUCCUGUGCGCUCAGGCUUACACCUGUGGGCUCUCACAGCUGCUCACCUCCUUCUUCAGCUCGAAAACUUCAGCUUCGUGCUGCUCCUGCAGGCGAUGGGUUGUGAUCUGGAGGUCAACCAGCUCCUUGGAGAUCUGUGUGUAGCCAGGAUUGGUGGCCCUGGCUGGAGCACCCUCAGGGAGCAGGGAGCAGGGCUUUGCUGGCAGCCAGUCCUUGACGUGUGGUUCAACCUGGGGAGGCACCACCACACUGCCCAGAGGGUGUCCCAGGUCUGAGCCGUGGAACCCACUCUCACAAGAGUCUCCAGCCCUGCCAAGCUGAGGCAACCCUUUCUUUGGCCAGAAUCAGACCCAGGAAUCAGGGACCUGCACCCUUCCCUUCCUGGACUCUGGGAAAGGAAGGACCCCUGACCCUAGGGUGGCAGAAGAGUCCCGGGGAGACUCACAUUCUCUGUGGCCUGAGGGAGGGCCCCUGGCCUGUGGCCUUGAGCUGCUAUACCCUCCAUAUAGAGCAGGAACUCAGGCCUCUUGCAAACCUAGUGCUUUGCCCCUGCCCUGGCCUGUCCUGCCUGGUGGUUGUUGCUCCACACUGUGCAGCGUUACCAAGGCCUUUGUUGUUUUUAUGGACUCCAAGGCCCGCCCAUAGGGCCAGGCAGUUUAGUAGUGGGCAGGUUGGGGGAACUCUCAUCUCUUGCCAAAUAUGGUGCCCCUCCUUCCUGGAUACAUUUGCUCACCUGGGAAAUGCAAAUAAAACCAGGGUGCUGAGCUAAAGAUGCUGCUGUUAGUGUUUUCCUAUGCCAGCUGCCCUGUCUUAUGUGGACUGGAUUCACACAGUCAUUAGACGCCUUGUGUGCACCUCCUGGUGCUGGUUGAACCUGGGAUAGUCAGGUAAACAAGGUGUACAGCCCUCCCCAACUCAGCCUGAAAGAAGGGGUGCAGAUGUCCCAGCCAGAGGACUGGGUCCCCUGGAAAGCCUGGUUCAGCCCGGGUGCCCUGAAGGCUUCCCGGAAAAACUGACCAGAGUCCCGGCGCCUGGUAGAAACGUGCGCUCCGCGUCUCAUCAGGCGCGCGCUCCCUUUGGCGCAGGCGCGGUCCGUCAGGCGCAUGUUCCGAUCCGCUGCACGCAGAGGCGAGGUGGGCAUGGGCAGUGGACUGUACAGCCCUGCUCUCCGUUCGGGCUCCGUGGCCUGAGGCUCCGCCUCUACCCCUCAGUCUGUCCCAUGCCUUCUAGGCUGUCCUUGCAGGUGCAAGGGAGGGGAGGGCGAGAAUAGGCUCGCCCGAGUCUAAGGUCCUCCCGCAGCGGCGGGGAGGGGCCUGCGGAAGAGGCGUGGCUUGUUGGCACUGAGGGUGUGGCCUGGAGAGAAACUGCGCGGUGCGGUUUGAGGGCGUGGCUCACAGGGAGGCAGUGUUGCUUUGAAGCGAGAGGUCUGUAGUAGGGGAGUGACCUACCGGGCCUAGGUACAGACCCUGGGGGAAAAAAAAAAGGCGAAGGCACAGGGCAGUCUGGGGAAGCGGCUCACUGUGGCAGGGGCCGGGCUGCGUGAACCUGGAGUGAAUUUCAGGCGAGCCGUCCGGUUAGUUCCUGGAGCAGGGCUGUGCUUUCACCCUGGGUGUGCGCGCGCAUGUGUGCUGGUUGGGCCUCGCACAGCCCAGAAGUACUCCUCAGUAGGCUGGGGGCCUCUUUUGGAGGAGGAACGGGCAGCUGAGUUGUGCGACCAUGAAGGUCAAGGUCAUCCCUGUGCUUGAGGACAACUACAUGUACCUGGUCAUCGAGGAGCACCUCGGGAGGCUGUGGCAGUGGAUGUGGCCGUGGCCAAGAGGGGACCAUGCCCGUGGAAGUGAGGAGCUGACCAGGUGCAGCCAGGGCUGGUGGCGAUGGGCGCAGAUGAGCGCAUCCCUGCACUGACUCGAAAGCGGGCACACGGCGAGGACCUGCGGAAGGUAUUCUGUGGUCACGAGCAUACACUAAGCAACCUUGAGUUUGCACAUAAAGUGGAACCCUGCAGCGACCAUGUGUGAGCCAAGCUGUCCUGGGCCCAGAGAAGGGAUGAGGAUGACAUGCCCACUGUACCCUCAACCUUGGGAGAGGAGUUCCUUUACAGUCCCUUCCUGAGGGUAGGAGAGGAGCCGGUGCAGGAGUUCACAGGCCGCACAGCACCUGCUGAGGUCCUGCCGGUGCUCUGUGGGGAGCGAGCAGCCUUCCAGCGUGCUGCUGAGCCACUGCAACCUCAGGCGCGGGCUCUCCUUGCACUGCAGUGGGGGCUCCUAGGUGAACCUGGGCAGAAAUGAGCCGCAAAGGGAGCCUGCUUGCCUCGUGCCACUCUGGUGGACUGGACCCACUUAAGGAUGGCUUCUCGAACACGCCUAAAGUCCUGCCCAGCCGGCCGCCCAGUCUGGGAGGAGCAGCAAGGGGUGCCCUCCAUCUGUCGUUUAUGGGGGUACAGGCAAGAUCUCUGUGGGGCUUCAUGGGCCUGAGAAGGAGUUACCCGGGACUUUGAACCCUGAAUAAAGCUCCGAAAGGCCUUCCUCGGGGCUGCAGAUACUCCGAAAAGCCAGCUGUCUCCACAGUUGUUGGGCGCGCCCCUUUAUUAAAGGUGAAGCUUGGUAGGACACAGGCCUGGGGACCCAGCAUUGAGGUACCGCGCUUACCCCAGACA